UCACCUGAACUUCCACAACAAUCAAGUGACUCAAAUUUGCUUUGUGAACACCUUCUAAGUUAAUACAAUGGCAAUGGAUGCAGUUGAGUUGGACGAUGCCUUAGAGACCAUUUUAUCGUUUGUUCCCACCCUUGUUCUAAAAUCCGCCAUACUUCUCAAUAUUCCUGAUAUUAUCGCAAGUGCAGGCGCCAAUGCAUCCCUUUCUGUUGAUGAGAUCGCCGCAAAACUCCCUUCUGAAUCUCCCAAUCUGCAUUACCUUUCUCGCAUUCUCACGUAUCUCUCUAUGAAGGGCAUUUUUGUCCAAACCCAAACGAGCAACAACCCAUCUGAUAUUCGAUAUGGGCUCACUGAUUCUGCAAAGAGGUUUUAUGUUAGGAAGAAUAAUCCAGGGAGCCUUGUGCCACUCCUCCUCAUGCAAGCCCACCCGGUGUUAAUGGCACCAUGGCACCAUCUUCAUGAAUGUGUGCUUCAAGACUGCAAUGCAUUCGAGAAGGCUCAUGGAAAGGACUUGUGGACAUACGGGAAGGAUGAACCACUUGUUAACAAUGUUGUCAAUGAUUCCAUGUCCACACUAACAGUUCUGGGUAUGGAGCAAAUUCUGAGCUGUUAUGACGGUUUCAAGGAUCUGAAAACUUUGGUUGAUGUGGGCGGAGGAAAAGGAACGGCCUUGGCACACAUUUUGAAGGCUUAUCCCCACAUUCAUGGAAUUAAUUUUGAUCUUCCUCAUGUUGUUCAGACUACCCCAUCAAUUCCAGGGAUCGAGAACGUGGGUGGCAGCAUGUUUGAUAGCAUACCCAUUGCAGACGCCAUAUUUUUUAAGAAUGUAUUAAUAGACUGGGAUGAGGAGAGUUGCCUACAAAUACUUGGAAAUUGCCACAAGGCUUUGCCUGAGAAUGGAAGACUCAUAGUGGCAGAAAACAUAACAGAAGAAUCGUCAAGGCCAAACAAACCUACUGAAAUGGUUGUGGAUCUGGUUAUGAUCGCCCUUGCAAAUGGAGGAAAAGAGAGGAGCGAGCAGGAAUGGAGAAGGCUGCUUCAAAUGUCAGGAUUCAGUGUAGUAAAGAUGAUGGGGCUGCCUGGACUGUUUUCAAAAAUGAAGAUCAUAGAAGCCAUCAAGGUUUAAACAAAAUUUACGAGUCAAUGAUUAAUCAUGACGAAGCGACACUUAGCUUUAUUAUUUAGUUACCUUAACCUUUGUUAAUCCGAUCAGCAAGUAUGGAUGGAAAGAUUCAGAUCUUCCUCUAAAACUUUUCCUUAAAUACGUCUUUUUUAAAUGAAGAAUGAAUAUUUGUUUUGUUAUAUUGUACUAAUAAUUGCAUCUUAAUAUAUAAUAAUUGUACUGUCAUUUUUAUUU